AAAUCCACCACCAAAUCGUCAGAUCUGUCCGUGGAGAUCGUUCCCCAUCCAUUUGUCAAGGAUGGCCGGUCCCGGUGGACGGGGAAGGGGCCGCCGCGGUCCUGGGCGCCCCCCGGGCCGGGGAAGGGGCCGCCGCGGUGGAGCAGCAAGGGCCCCACGGUCACCGUCACCUGCAUCCUCCUCGUCUUCGCAUGAGGAACGCUGCUUCGAGUUCCUCCUCCGCAUCGACAACGACCCACUCGGCAUCAAGCGGCUACCGGACAAGUUCGCCGAGUUCGUCGACGGCCACGAGCCGGCGCACUUGCAGCUACGGGAGGCUAGCUGCAACUUCUGCCGCUGGUCCGUGGAGGUCCUGUUCGACGGGCAGGGCAAGAUGUACCUGCACACGGGGUGGGACAAGUUCGCCCGUGACCUCCACCUCGAGCCCGGCUGCCAGCUCACCUUCCUGUACGAGGGGGACGGCGAGAUGAUCGUCAAGGUGUUCGACGACACGGCCUGCCGUGUGCACUACCCCCACACCGGCGAAUCCGGCUCCGACACCGAUAGUUAGAUCGUCGAGUGUUGUCAACUCUAUCUUCGUUGCUUCGUGUUGUUUGAAUGCUAUCUUAAAUUGUAUCAAACU